CGUCCAUUGUUAUUUGACGUCACUUCGACGAAUAGAAUUUUGACCCUUUUAGCUUUCUGUACUUCAGCAGCAUAGUUGUCCGAUGUGCGAAGGCGCGAGCGUAUGAUACAUAUAUUUUAAUACGUUAUUUGGAAAACUUGGCCAGUUAGUGGCACAAAUGUCUAAGCGAGUACGUCGUUUCUACUAAGAUGGACGACGAUAACCAACCCAAAAAGAGAGCUCAUGGAGAUGAUAAAGGUUCUGGCCUUGAAGGGUCAGAGGAUGAAGAUUAUGUUCCUUACGUUCCCGUCAAAAUCCGAAAGCAACAAAUGGUUCAGAAGAUGCUGCGAUUGCGUGGUAAAGCAGUGGAUGAGGAGCACAGAGACAGUGGGGAGGAACAGAGGGAUGAAGACGAAGGGCUUGGUCCACGGUCCAACGUCAGUCUCCUUGACCAGCAUCAGCAUCUGAAGGAAAAAGCAGAAGCACGCAAAGAGUCGGCUAAGGAGAAACAACUGAAAGAAGAAGAGAAGAUUUUAGAAAGUGUUGCAGAGGGCAGAGCUUUGAUGUCCGUGAAGGAAAUGGCCAAGGGUAUCAUUUAUGAUGAUCCAAUCAAGACAAGCUGGAAGGCUCCGCGCUAUGUUCUCAAUAUGCCAGAGACCAGAAAUGAGCGGGUCAGAAAGAAGUUUCACAUCUUAGUUGAUGGAGAUGGCAUCCCUCCGCCGAUUAAAAGCUUUAGGGAGAUGAAGCUUCCGCCAGCAAUUCUUAAAGGUUUGAAGAAGAAAGGAAUUGUACAUCCAACACCAAUCCAAAUUCAAGGAAUUCCAACAGUUCUGUCAGGUCGCGACAUGAUCGGCAUCGCCUUCACUGGCUCAGGCAAAACUUUGGUUUUCACUUUGCCCAUCAUCAUGUUUGCACUGGAGCAGGAGAAGAGGCUGCCCUUCUUUAAAAGAGAGGGACCUUAUGGACUCAUCAUCUGUCCUUCAAGAGAGCUGGCCCGACAGACACACGGCAUCAUCGAAUAUUACUCUAAAUUGCUGGAAGAGGAGGGAGCACCACAAAUGCGAACAGCCCUCUGCAUUGGAGGGAUGUCUGUCAAGGAGCAAAUGGAGGUUGUCAAACAUGGCGUGCAUAUGAUGGUUGCCACACCUGGGCGUCUCAUGGACUUGUUACAAAAGAAGAUGGUGAGUCUGGACAUCUGUCGCUACCUGGCCCUGGAUGAGGCUGACAGGAUGAUUGACAUGGGCUUCGAGGAGGACAUCAGGACCAUUUUUUCCUAUUUUAGGGGUCAAAGGCAAACAUUGCUUUUCAGUGCCACCAUGCCCAAGAAGAUCCAGAAUUUUGCAAAGAGCGCUCUGGUCAAACCCAUUACUAUUAACGUAGGCAGAGCAGGAGCAGCCAGCUUGGAUGUCAUCCAGGAAGUGGAAUACGUCAAAGAGGAAGCAAAAAUGGUGUACCUGCUCGAGUGUCUCCAGAAAACAACACCUCCCGUAUUGAUAUUUGCUGAGAAAAAGGCUGAUGUUGAUGCCAUCCAUGAGUAUCUGCUGUUGAAAGGAGUAGAGGCGGUGGCUAUCCAUGGAGGAAAAGAUCAGGAGGAAAGAACAAAAGCCAUUGAAGCAUUUAAAGAAGGAAAGAAGGACGUCCUAGUUGCCACAGAUGUGGCCUCCAAGGGUCUGGAUUUCCCGGCCAUCCAGCAUGUAGUCAACUAUGACAUGCCGGAGGAAAUCGAAAACUAUGUCCACAGAAUUGGAAGAACAGGGCGAUCUGGUCAGACUGGUAUUGCCACAACAUUCAUCAAUAAAGGCUGUGGUGAGUCUGUGUUGAUGGAUCUGAAGGCCCUGCUCAUUGAAGCCAAGCAAAAGGUUCCUCCAGUUCUCCAGGUGCUCCAUACAGGAGAUGAAACAAUACCGGAUAUUGAAGGAGAGAGGGGGUGUACUUUUUGCGGUGGUCUCGGUCAUCGUAUUACAGAUUGUCCCAAGUUGGAGGCAAUGCAGACCAAGCAGGUCACCAACAUUGGGCGGAAGGACUACCUGGCUCACAGCUCGAUGGACUUCUAAGGGAAAGGAAACACUGUGCUCCACUUACUGAGGAAGUAUAUACAGUACUACUCGUUCACUUGCGUGCGAUAGCACUCAAACCACCAAGUACCAAUACAUCUGUGCAGAACGAUUACAUCAGCAUUUUUCUUGUACAGUUGUUUUACAAAUUGUAAAUAAAUAUCAGUCUUUCUGAGAAAAGAAUGCCCUUCUACCUUUGCAUAAGUAAAAACUGGAUGAAUGAAUUUAAAUGAAAGUUUAUUUUGAGAAAAGUCAUGCUGUUUUUAUUGAUUUCCAAUUUAAUUUUGAGCAACCUUUUUAAUCAAAUUGACUAUUUUUUGAAAAAUCAAUACAAAAAGGGGGGAAGGAAAUUUUAAUAUAUCAAUUUGAGGGAAAUCAGCUCAAUGCGUUCAGAAAAGUAUCACUUUAAUCUCAAUCCUUUAAAUGGUUUUUGGGCCCAAUGAAAGGAUGGAGUGGAGCAUAUAUGGCCCGAGUUAUUUAUUUCAAGGGAUCAAUGUAUGCACAUUCGUGUAACUUUAUUCAAGAGUGCAAAAGGGCGGUGCAUAAAAUGGAUACCAACUAAAAUUGAUGCCGGUAUUACAAAUUACAGUUUUACCAAUGCAAAUGCAUAUGCAGUGCAUAUGUCCAUGCACAGUAAAUGUAAAUCAAAGUGGCCGCGAAAGUCGACAAAAGCAUUGUAGCCCUUGUCAUAAUAACAUAUGUACAGUACUUUUAUUCAUUUCCAUUCAAAUUCUAAAAUGAUUCAGGAUUAUUUUUUUCCCAUCAGAGUGGAAAGUGAAUCUGAAUUUCCGAUCAUUUGUAGCUUUAUUGAAUAUUGAUAAAGUAUUUUUUAAAAUUUAUUCCAUCAUAUUGGUGAGGUGAGAGCAUGAACUUAUGGAAGUACAACCAUGAAAAAUGCCUGAUGGUAUUCGUCCACAAUGAAGCCCAAGCUGUCCGCCAAAUAUUCAUGUAACUUAAGUGUGAUAAAAGUUGUUCAACAAAACAAUCUGUGAUGCUAAUAAAGUAAGUAACUUUCCAUUGAUUUGAAAUGAAAUAUUUUGAUUUUAUUGAAGCAGCGAUCCAGCUAUUGGAUUAUUAAGGAACUUGUUUUGUAAUUUAUUUAUUUAUAUUCAUAUUUGUAGUUAGUGCCGAUAAGGACUACACCAGUACAACCACCCUCUUUUCUUUGUAAUCUGUGUAAUUGAUAUGUUGCGCAGAGAUACAGCAGAUAGCACAUUGCGGAAGCUCCAACUCCUGACAUGUCACUUCUCCAAUUCUUCUGCUUGCACAAGCUCUGGACUUUCUUGCAUCUUAAUCCAUUCAAAGCCAUAAAGCGGUGAUAAGAAGGUGGAGUGCUUGCAGGGUCAUAUUUACCGUGCCACUGUGUUUGCAGAAAGAUCCUGGUGGUGAAUCACGCAAAGGGGGUUUCAAGAGAGGAACUGGCUUGACCUUGAAGAACAAUAAUCUUUAAUAGACACGGAAAACCAGUAAGAACUUUCACAUGACAGCUGAUCAGUCCAAAAAUCACGACAGCGUGGGUAUCGUGUCAGUGAGCGUGCAGACCAAAACUCUAUAUGAACUUGCCAAGAUUGCAACUUUAAUAGUAUUAUAGUAUAGUAUUAUGAUACUACAGUUUUUGUAAUAGUUCCAGCAAUAUAUUGUCAUUUCAAAAUGUACAUAGGUACAUAUGGGGCGACAAUUAAAAAAAAAAAAAUACUCCCUACCUUGAAUAAAAUAGUAUUUUACCCAUGUUAUAUGAAAACAAUGUUUCAGAAAUAUGUAUGUUUUUUCCUUGGAAAAAAAAUGUAUCCUCCAUAACGGAUCCCUGGACUAUUCUGUUGUACUUACACAUCACAAACAAACAGUGCAGCUCAGCUUCUGGCCCUCAGGCAAGGCAAAAUGCAAGCAAUAUGCAAAGUUUGAGAGUCGUGCAACACACAGAAAGACUUCCUGCAUUCUUACAUUUGCAAAGUUUUUAACUUUAGCUUGGAAUUUGUCGAUUUCCCUCGUGUCGUGACUAGAUCACGUGGGCCUUCUGAAAGCAACACCCAGAAACAAAAUUGCAGUUUUCAGUACAUUGUAAAUUGUUGUGAUCAGCAAAAACAAAAUUUAAGCAGUGGGCCGCAGUCACUAAUUUAUUCCGUGCUGGUUUGGAUGUACCAAUUUAUUUUCUUCCUAAUGGAUUACACGUCAGUUGGAAAAUUCAGGCACAUGAGGUCAUUUGUAGAACGCAAGCAUUUUUAGUGAGCCACGCCUCAAAAUGUAUGUAUUCAUUUUGCUGAUGUGUUUGUGCUUUGGCCUUAGAGAAGGAAAAUGUCACAGUUAUGAGAGAUUUGUUAGAAAGAAGGAAAAAAAACUGACUAAAAAGUGAAGCACACUUUUUACGUUUUACAGACUACUUGAAAAUGAAAAUGUAUUAUUUUGCAAAUGGUGUCGGUGAGGUGGUAAAAAUUUAGUUUUUUUUUAUUGUUAUGAUGUAUAGGUUGAGAUAACCCCGAAGCCCAACGGAUUUAUUUUUGUUUAUCUGACGCGUUCCACAGCAUUCAUUGUGAACUCACUUUGUGAGCAUGUCAGCAUCAAA